AUGGUGUCGCCUUCGCAAAAGAAGAAUCUCAGAGAUUCUCUCUUGUCCACCAAACUCAAGAAGCUCACCGUUAACCCGCCGGAUUCCGCCUCCGACUUCGACUUCUCUGAAGUUUUCGGUCCCGUCACACCUCACCUCGACCCGCUUCUUCCGGAUCCGGAUCCAGACACCGCCUCUUCCUCCGCCUCAACCUCCUCGUCUUCUUCGUCUUCCGCACGCGCCGCCGCAGCAGCGUUGGACCCGCUCGUCAUCCACAACCGGUCCCACUCCUUCGUGGGCCCCUCCCCUCGCUACACCCUCUCCGUCCCUCUCCCCUUCAACAAAAUCCAAGAGGAAGACGACGACGAGGACGAGGACGAGGGCGAAGAUCCCGCCGUCGGAGAUGGCGAAUUCGAGAGGAAGGGGGAAGGAGAAGAGGAGGGAAGAAAUUGUGAGGAUGGGAGCAUCAGCGGGAGGAUUGGGCCUAGUGAUUUUGAGAUUCUGAGAAUGGUAGGACAGGGAGCGUUUGGGAAAGUGUUUCUGGUGAAGAAGAAGAAGAAGAAGACGACAGCGAACGAUGGGAUUUAUGCUAUGAAAGUGAUGAAGAAGGACAACAUUAUAAAGAAGAAUCAUGUGGAUUACAUGAGAGCAGAGAGGGAUAUUCUAACUAAAGUCGUCCAUCCUUUCAUCGUCCAGCUUCGUUACUCUUUCCAGACCAAAACCAAGCUUUAUCUCAUCCUGGAUUUCAUUAAUGGAGGCCAUCUCUUCUUCCACCUCUAUCGUCAGAGGAUCUUCAGCGAGGAUCAAGCCAGGCUCUAUGCUGCUGAGAUUGUGUCUGCUGUUUCACAUCUCCAUGAUUGCGGGAUUGUGCAUCGUGAUCUUAAGCCUGAAAACAUUCUCAUGGAUUCUGACGGACAUGUUAUGCUGACUGAUUUUGGACUUGCAAAGGAAAUUGACGAGUCAAGUCGGUCAAACUCGAUGUGUGGAACCACCGAAUACAUGGCUCCUGAAAUUUUACUAUCUAAAGGCCACAAUAAAGAUGCAGAUUGGUGGAGUGCUGGAAUCCUCUUGUAUGAAAUGCUAUCAGGACAGCCUCCAUACACACACCAGAAUAGGAAGAAGCUCCAGGAAAAGAUCAUUAAGGAGAAGUUCAAGCUUCCACCUUUUGUAAGCACUGAGGGUCAUUCUCUGCUCAAAGGGUUGCUGCAAAAGGAUCCUUCGAAAAGGCUAGGGAGUGGACCAAGGGGAGGGGAUGAGAUUAAACAUCACAAAUGGUUUCAGUCGAUCAACUGGAAAAAGUUGGAGGCGAGAGAGCUGCAGCCCAAGUUCAAACCUGAUGUGAUUGGAAAAGCCUGCAUAGCCAAUUUCGACAAGUGCUGGACAACCAUGCCUCCAGAUGACUCACCAGCUUCCACCCCAACUGCCGGGGAACAUUUCCAAGGCUACACUUACGUUGCACCUAACCCUUGGCUUUCAUCAGUUUGAAGUAAGAGGGUACCAGGCAGAAGUACUUUCAUAGCCUGAUCACCACAUAAUGAUUCUAGAGAAAUGGGCAGCACUGGCAAGAGCGGCAGCAACUCCUUGUGCGAGAAGUCGAUGAAGGUAGUGGUGAAUAUCAUGAGGCUGUCUUCGCUCUCUAUUGCUAAGAUGUCUCUUGGAACGACAACUACCUCUCCAGUCGUCAACCGGAACCUUGCACCCAUCACAGAAUCCGUGAUGGGUACCAAGGAACCGUUGCUGCCUCCUCAGACACCAGCAGGGACCCGAAGGUCACAGGAACCAUGGUCGAAGCCGAAUUCGUACCUCAUGGAGCCAGCAGGCCGAGGGAAGGGUGCUGCUGGCACUACUGCUUCAUUCGUGGUUCACGAAGAGGGCAAGGGCAGCGUUAUAGAUGGGAGAGCUUCCGACUACAUAAGGAAGGUGCACGAGAAGAACCGAAAUGACGCGUCGAAACUCACUCCAUUGAUUCUGCCUCCUCCCCCAUCAACAACUAUAAGGUCGUGAAGAAGUGGAUUCUGGGUGAUAUGCGUGUUUCAGGUUUCUAGCCUUCUUCGUUUGCAGCAGCUACCGAUAUAUAAGAAGAACCUUAGAAGGGUUAUUUUCAGGUUUCAGUACUCCGAGAUAUGGACGUAUUUUGAUUUUCUGUUUUUAUCAUUAUGCUUUCUUUUCUAUGCAUAUUUAACAUAUGGGAAAGAGAGGCCAAUCUGAAACAUCAAGCUCAAGUCUCAAUCACAAAUGAUAUGAUAAGAAGAGAUGGACAUCCCAUUAUUGAUCCUUUAUCCUUUUCUCUCAUUACACGUUCCAAAUGUCAAUGCUAUAGCUCAUCAAAUUUUGCAGGAUAUGGCUGUGCUGCAGAUUGCAGUUGCAGCAUCUCGAAA